ACAGGUCGACAACGCUUUUGUCUUUCCAGCCGCAACAAUACUAUAAAAGCACCUCAUUUCCGGAAACUUUAACCGGACACUUCUAACAACUCUACUUGUUCUCUCCAUUUCGCGUGCUGUUUUCUCAACUAUUUUCCCAGGCUGGUUCUCUUCGAUUUUAUUGAGCACUUGAAGGAUUGGUGGUAUUCUGCUGAAACUGGUUAGGAUUUUUAUCUUCUUAUCUUUUUGCUACUUGUGUAGUUUACCUCCCAAAAGGCCUGCUCCUUUAAUUUCUGUCUUUGUUUUCUUUGAAGUGGCAUCUGGGGAAGGAGUGGGCUCAUGGGGGGUAAACUGCACAAGUACCCUUUUUCAUUUUUUACAGCUUCUAGUUCCGAUCCGGACUGUUCAACAAUGCUGUCUCCUUCGUUUGAAUGCGUCUCAGUCAACACCCAGCCAACAGAAAGGGCAAAUUCAACCUACAUUCAACCUCAACCAACAGAGCGUGUGUCAGAAUAUGUUAUUGGUGGUGAAUCCAACGCUGUGAGGGAGUAUGAGGUGUCCGAGUAUGUGGUGGGACAAGCUGGGAAUACUGCAAAUAACGACAACACAAGGACGGCAACAACAGCAGUCACAGAAAGCACAACAGCAGUCACAACAACAACAGCGGUAGCUGUAGCUACUCCAGCGCCUUCAACCAACAAGCCUUCAACAAGGUGUGUGUAAUGCAACAACUUCGAGCAGUACCACACCUGGACAUC